AUGCAUACAGACAUUUAUGCUACUGAAUCACUUUCUAAAUAUGAUACCAUUCUAAAAGAUGAGGAACCCGGAGAUGGGUUGUAUGGAUGGACAGCACCUAAGCAGUAUAGAAGCAAGCAGGGUAUGAAUCUGGAAUUUCUGGAGCCCCAAAAUCCUGUUCAUCUGAAAUUUCCUAGAGGGAGGGUCUUAUAGAGUAGGUUGUCAUAUAUUGCCCAGCUCUGCUCCCAUUUGUUUUUGCUUUGAAACCACUUAUGGAUUCUAAUUUUGUUCAUAGGAACAGAGAGAGAACAUAAGUACAUUGGGAAAAUUUUGGAUGGGUUCUCACCAGCGUCUAAGUCUGUAACUUCUCAAAAGGUACGUAAACUAAUUUAUUUUUCCCCUGAACAAGACAUUUCAUAAGACACCUCCCUUUCCCUACAUACCUGCAGAUUUUUGCUCAAAUUGGUAUGGGGGAGGAGAUCAGGAGAUAUGUUAAUGGUUUAUGGUAGGAAACUCAACUGCCAGCUACCUCCCUAUUUAUGCUGGUGAUGGCUUAGCUGUAUAAACAGAAGUGCUUCUGGUGGUAUCAGUUAAUUUAUCUGUUAAAUUGCCAACAAGAUUAUUUUUCAUUUUCAAAAUCCACAGCACAAAAAACCCCAAAAAAACAUUUUUGUCAAACAGUUUAACAGGAUCAAUUCAUUCUUGCUUGCUUAACCCAAACAGGCAUCUUACUAAUUCUGUUUAAAAAGUUAGGAGGAUCUCUCCAAUGCAGCUUAUCAGAUUUUCACAGACUCAGUACUUCUUUAUUCUUUCUGUACCCUAAAAGUAAGGCAGGGAAGAUGUAAUUGGUUGGAACUCCACUGCCCUGAUUUGAUCCUAGCAACUGAGAAUGUAUAGCCAGGGGAAAUGACACAGAAGGUUUAUUCUUCCAGUGAUUAAGUAGCAUAGUUCUAGACGCAAUUUAACUUGCCAUAUACAGUGGUGCCUCGGGUUACAAACACCUCUGGUUACAAACACUUUGGGUUACAGACUCUGCUAACCCGGAAGUAGUACCUCGGGUUAAAAACUUUACCUCAGGAUGAGAACAGAAAUCGCACGAUGGCAGCAGCGGGAGGCCCCAUUAGCUAAAGUGGUAUCUCAGGUUCAGAACGGUUUCAGGUUAAGAAUGGAUCUCUGGAACGAAUUAAGUUCAUAACCAGAGGUACCACUGUAAAGGAAGGUGGCGUUUUUGCAGAGGUUGAUAAGAUUAUGAAAACAAGAGAAGCUGUGGAUGUAUUAGGGCACCUUGGUGCCAUGUGAUGGUGUUUGAUGGUCUUUGACCUAAUUCUGUGUACUGGUUUGUACACCUGAUUUCGUCUUAAAUUUGGACAGUGUCCUGUGAUUGAUAGAGACAUUGUAUAUAUUUAAAGCUUAAGUAAUCAAAAUGAGACCAUGUCUACAAAAUAUUCAAUGUUCUCUGUUGCUUUUCCUUUACAAGAUUUAUCCUCCUCCUGACCUGCCAAGGGAUUACAGACCAGUCCAUUACUUUCGACCUGUGCUAAAAGUUAGCAGUGAAAACUCUCAUUUAGUGCAGACAUUAGCAGAAUCCACUGGGAAACUUGAGAGUGAUGCAGCACUGCAAAGCAGACACCAGAAGACUGCUGCUCAGCGGAGGGAGUUGCUGGGCGAGAAGAGUCUGGAAGGUACCCAGGAUGCUGUAUAUUUCCUUGCAUUUCACAUGUUUCUAUUGUAGGUUCCUGUUGCUUUGACCAUUUUGAGGGGGGGUUUAUUGGCAAAUUUGUAUUAAAGGCAUUCAUUUCUGAAGUUUACAGCAGUCCUCUCCUUACUGAUCAGACCCCUCCUUACUGAACAUUGAUUAACCUGGUGGGUUAAUGGGUAUCUCCUUGUAAUCAUACAUAACAAGCACAGAUAUUCUGGGCUGUAUUUACUCUGGUCUCUCUCUCUCUCUCUCUCUGUGUGUGUGUGUGUGUGUACACACACGCUUCAUCUUUUCAGACUUUGCAUACAUUUUUACUCAGUAGGUUCACAUGCUCUUCAGUGUUGGAAGCUCAUUGAGAAAGUCAAUGCACCCACUUGUUUGAUUUUUCUUGCCCAUAGGCUAAAUUUGAAGGUCGUCUUGCUUGUCAAGUUAGGAUGCUAUUUUAGGCACUUCCUUUCCAAGGACAAUUCAAAGUAUUGGCAAAUAUAUUUAAAGCACUGUACUGUUUAGAUUCUUAAAACAAAAGUUUUCCUUGUUGCCCUGUUUUACACCAUAAUGUUUCUGUCUUAGGUCCAGCAACUUCCGUUCUGGAAUAUCUGUCAGAGAAAGACAAAGAAAGAAUCCGAGAAGUGAAACAGGCAGCAGAGCAGCAAGUGAAAGCUCCAGCGCUCCAGCCUCAGGGGCCCUUGCCUGACAAAUCCCAGGUGCCUGUGUUACCUGUUACUCCACAGAGGUGGCAAUUGGUGCUAGGAACCCAGUUGGCCACCACUGGAUCUAGUGAUUUCAAACCAUUUGCAAAAAAUCCAGAGAAACAAAAGAGAUACGAAAAUUACAUAGAAGGUCUUAAAGAUGGAAAGAAAGGUAAUUGGCAAAAUCACAUGCAGCUCUUCUUCCCUGUCAUGAAAUAGGUUUUACAUCUGAAUCCAAAUGUUGUGCUUGUGAUAAGCAGAGUGGUAACAAAAUGAAAAGGAAGGGCAGGGUGUGAAACUGGUACUAAUAAACAGAAAUUUACUAUGAUGUUGACUAUUGGUAUGUCUAAUACAUUUUGACACCAUCCUCUUCAGGAGCAAGGAAAUCUUAUGUGAUGUCAUUGCACAGUUGUAUGACAGUGAUUCACUUAGAAUUUGUAUUUUAAUGCAACCAUACAAUUUUCUGUUUCCUAGAACCAGAAUGACACUUUGGCUGUCCAUGGCUUUUUAGUGCUUCUUUUGAGGCCAUUGUCUUGUAGUUUUCCUUUUUGUUUAUGCUUUUUUGUGUACCAUUUAUUGGUGUGAACAACUUGAUUGAGAUAAGAAAUGCACUCCCCUUUGUAUUUGUGUGUUUUACAAGGUUCAUUUGUUUUUGUGUUUUUAGUUUAGCUUUAUGGGCUCCUGUUCACUCCUCCUAUCUUUCUAUAGAUGUGCUAGAAAGCUGCCUAGAUCACAGUAUGACCGAGUGGGAGCGUGGAAGAGAGCAAGAUGAGUUUUCUCGUGCUGCCCUGCUCUACAAGCCCUCCAGCUCUGUUUUGGCCUCAAGGUUUACCACUGCAAAGCAUGAAGACGACACAGAAAAAGUCGAAGUUCCGCGUGAUGAAGAGGUCUGUUCUGCUUCAGUCCUUCAGUAACCAGUGAAUUGUGAUGACCUGUAUUCACCUCCACAAAGCUCCUCUGUUUAAGAUCAUUCCCAAAGUUUUAUUUUUCAUAAAUUUCAAUUAAAAAAAAUUGUGUUUGGAAGUGACUAAAUUCAGAGUCAGUGUACAUUUACUGUAGCUAGUACAUUAUUUCCCCUCCAGCACUCUAGAUACUAAUCCCUUUGUGAUUAUUUUAGACAGCUGUCAGUGACAAAGAGGCUGCUGCAAAGAUGAAGAUGUUUGGCAAACUGACAAGAGAGGCGUUUGAGUGGCACCCGGACAAAUUAUUGUGCAAAAGGUUUAAUGUUCCUGAUCCCUAUUCAGAGUAAGUUGCUUGAGUUUCUAAAUAGCGUUGAAUAGAUAUGAAAAAAAGCUAAUUUUAGAAAAUGUAGAUUCCGUAUGAAAACCUUCUUCUUUAGGCCUUCUUAGUCACAUUGUUAAUUUUAGUCUUGAUUCUUGUCAAUAAAUUAUUUUCCACAAAUGUCUAAAAUUAUGCUUCACUUGUAAACGGCUUGCUUGUUUCUCCUUUUGUGUGAUCUUAUUUCUAUGUGAUAGCAAAAAAGAAACUUGAUGUGAAAACCCCAUUUUACAAUUUUUCAUCAGGUCAUGUAUUGUUGGACUGCCCAAAGUGAAACGUGACAAGUAUUCUGUGUUCAACUUCUUGACUGUAUCAGACGCAACAUCAAGCGUGUUGAGCCAACCCACAAAAGCAGGAAUGCAAGAAAAUAAUGCUUCAAACAGUAAGUGGUCCAUUUUGUUAUCCCUUGCGAGUAAAAGAUUCAGGCCACUAAAAUACUUGAGGCAUUUCAAAAUAGUAAGCUAUCUUUUAAGGAACAACAGAGGGGAAUCAAACAGGACAGAGGCAGAAUGCCAAGCACCUGGUGCAUGAAUAGCAAAAGAAAAACAAUAACCUCCAACUGCUAUUUAAAUAUCAAAUAUGCUUUAAAAUAUAAACAGUAAUGACAAAAUCAAUAUAACUAGAAAACUAAAGGAAUCUGGGAAUUUUGUUUGUAUCUUUUAAGAGCCAAAGAAACCAUCUAGAUGGGAUGUAUCUGACAAAGAGAAGAAGAAAAAUGAUGCCAUUAGUGAGUUCAUAAGCGUGGCUAGAUCAAAGGUUGUACAGGAGGCACAGUCGCCAGCACUGGUUGAAGCAAAGGACAAAAACAGAAGUACUGGAGCUGUUUCUAACAAGGUACAGUAGUGCCAGAGUUUUGAUGCUUUCAUUGUAUCUUCUUCACAUGGAUCUUCCUUGUGAAGAAGUGGGGAUGCAGCCAAGUGGUCAAGUGAUUGUACACACAGCAUUUAGGGUACUUUCUUGUCACUGAUUUUCCCUUUGUCCCGGUGCCCGGUAUAGGCAGAAAUGUGCUACAACUAGUUGUAGACCAUUGUAAUACAGGAGUGGAUUCUUCUUUAAAAUGAAAGGUCAAGAGCAUGAGACUAAAGGAAGCACAGACUCAGCAAGCGCAAGCAACAGCCACCCUCAUCCAAAGGCCAAGCAGUUAAGAGAGCUAAAGCUGGAAUUUGAAUGAAUUGACGAAUUGGUGGCCCCUCUCAGGGGAAGAAAUCUGCUCUAAACAAGACAUUGAACUGUAUCUCCAGAUGAGCAAAUCAUCUGGAAGACCAGGGCUUAAGCGCUUCUCAUGAGUAUCUAACAUAAAUCUUACAAUAAGCAUUUUAUUUCUGCCAUUUUAGCCAGAUUAACAUUGUGUGGAGCAGAGCAGUGUCUGAAAUGUUGUGGUCAUGGCUCUGCAGUCUGUUGAUCUUUAGGAAACCUGUGUUUGCUACUCACAUUCAUAAUGGGACAUUUAAAGCAAAAUAUGUUAAGUAAACCUCUUUCAUUUUCGUUCUCUUGUGCAGACACUAAGUGAAAGUACUGGUCAGAAUGAAGAAACAGAAGAAGAAAGCAGGCCAUCAAUGGAUUUAUUUAAGGCCAUCUUUGCCAGCUCCUCAGAUGAAAAAUCAUCUGAAGAAGAGAGCGAUGGAGAAGAGCAAACAACACCAAUGACAGAACCAGAUUCUGAAAGUCUGAAGCCUUGUGAUUUGCCAAGUGCUCCUUCACUUCAUGAACAAGGUAAAAAUCAGUGGCUAGUCCAGGACGGCUUCAAACUGCGCUUUGGUGCUAUGGUAGUGAGCCAUGUACUCCCUUUUCUAAUGCAUAGUGCUUCAAGUAGUUCCAGUUGAUGCAAACUAUAGUUUGCCGCUAUGUCCAUAUGGGGGCUUGUGCUUUCCUUCGUAACCAGGAUUGAAAACCAUGGUUUGAACUUAAUUGUAUCAUACUGAUUUGGAGGGCAAGUGCAGGCUGUAGUUUGCUGUCACAUCCUAGCAAGUUUUGGCUUCUGCAAAAAAGGAAGCAACUGAUGGAGCGCGAGAAGAGGGACGCACAGGGAUGGUUUUGUGUUGUGUAUUAUGUUUGAAUCAGCCCGAAAUGUCUGAAGAACUCUUGUGUGGUCUUGAGACCUUGGUGAAAUCCUGACACUUUCUGAUAUACCCUGUAAGUAGAACUGGAGAUAGGAUAAAGUUUACUGGACCAACAGUACAUUAAUUGUCGAUAGAAACCCUUAAAGUCCCUUUAACUAAGAGAAAAGGCUCUGAGGUGGUACAAGCUCAUAGAAAUAUAUUAUAAGAACCUUUUCUACCUUAUCAUUGUCAGAGAUGGGAUUCUGAAUGGACCAACAAAUCAAGGGCUAUAUGUUCGGCUCAGCAUGGUGAUUCUUUUUGUUGUAUUAUACUUGAGACAUUAUUAUCAAAGCACCACUUCAUCUUUUUUUUUAAUUGUGCUUUUCCAAUUAAAGAAAGUGAAGUAAUCACACCCAAGCUUCCUGUUACCUUAACUCCACCCCCAAUGGACAUAGUUGAUCCAGGAGAGGAAUUUGGACCAAGAUUGCCACCAGUUUCUGCUUCUGGUAAAUACAUUUCAUCAUAACGUGUGAAUUCUGCAGAACACUUUGUAUGAAUUGCAGUUAUGUAGUUUGGCUAAGUGUAUAUUUUUAAAAGUUUGCAUACAGGAAUAUUGAAGACUUUCUUUAUGGAGUUAAAUGUGAAGGCAAACUAGUUGUGUAGGCAACUUUGAGCUUGUAUUAACAUCAUGUCUACCAAAAGGAUUUUUUGGUAGAGUCACGAAAUGUCGUCACAGUAUUAAGGGAUUUCCCUUAAAAGCUUUAGUAGGGUGUCAAGUUCUUUAAAAGGACUUCAAAAACUAAACGUUGACAGUCAUUGAGUAUUUUUGAUGUUUCUUGAUCAGGCACUUCCUCUGUAUGUGAUUUGAUUUUAGACACUCCUUUGAAGCAUGAAGAAAUCCAGCUUACAAGUUCUCCUGAAGCCGCUAAGAAAGCAAAACCUAAAAAGAGCAGAGAAAAACACAAGACCAAGAGAGAGCACAAACACAAAAAGGAGAAGGUGAUUUUUAAAUUUGACUUUUUGGGUGUAGAAACAGAUUUAUGCAAAACCAUAGAAAAUGCAUACAAUAUAAUAAUUGUCCUAUAGAGAUGCUGUGCAGCUCUCUCCACUGAACAGAAUUGCAUUGGCCAAUCCCUCUUCCUCCUCCUGCAAAUGUUUUAUCGUUGGGGCUUCAGCUUUUAUGCAUAAACCUUCCCUGCGUGGAUCUAGUCUGAGCAGCUCCAGCAGGUGCAGAAUGCUGCAGCGAGACUCCUUACGGGGUCCUCGCUGCGAGAUCACAUUCACCCGGUGCUAUACCAGCUGCACUGGCUCCUGGUGGAGUACAGGAUCAGGUUUAAGGUGCUGGUUUUAACCUUUAAAGCCCUAUACGGCCUAGGACCCUCGUACCUACGGGACUGCCUCUCCUGGUAUGUCCCACAGAGGAACUUACGAUCUUCAAACAAAACAUCUUGGCGGUCCCAGGCCACAGAGAGGCUAGGCUGACCUCAACCAGAGCCAGGGCUUUUUCAGCUGUGGCUCCGAUUUGGUGGAACGCUCUGCCACAAGAGACUAGGGCCCUGCGGGACUUGACAUCUUUCCGCAGGGCCUGCAAGACAGAGCUGUUCCACCAAGCCUUUGGCCGGGGCACAGCCUGACUCCCUCCUUUGGCAAUCUUCACAGAACUCUAGCCCAAUGGUUGCCAUCAAUUUGAUUUGAAUUAAUUUUAUAAUGAAAUGAUUUUAGAAUGUUGUAUUAUUUUAUUGUUGUUACCCACCCUGAGCCCGGCUUCGGCUGGGGAGUGCAGGAUAUAAAUAAAAAAUUUUAUUAUUAUUAUUAUUAUUAUUAUUAUUUGCAGAUGAUAGAAAUAGCACUUAAGUUUGUUGGAUUCUGCACAUGUCAGUUCCUGUACAAGCAUGAAGUUCUGACCCUAUGUAAAUUCUGUGCUUGGUGCUGACAUGCCUGCAUUGAGUAAAUACCAUAAGGACUGGAGGCUUGGAAUAACUGGGGGUGUUAAAUGUAGUUAUUUAUUAGUAACUUCAGAGUGAGGGGGACCGUUCAGCUACAUUUUGGCUAACACCUUCCUAAGAGUAAAACCCACUGAAGUUGAUAGGGCUCAUUUUCUGACAAAUAUCAUCAAGCUAACCUUAUUGAGCUUCUUCCAGUUUUUAUCUUGGAAUAGCCAUUGUGUCAUCUCAUACAUGCUCAUACUAUAAAAGUUCAUUUUUUUGAGUUUCGGAUUUCUCUUUGUAAGGUGCAUCAUAUCAGUCCUGGAACUUGUUUUGCAGAAAAAGAAACACAAGAAAAGCAGGCACAAGGGCAAACACAAGAAUAAGAAAUCGGAGAAAAACAGUGACUCGGAGAAAAAUAGUGGCUCGGACACAGCCGAUAGCAGCAACAGUGAGGAAGAGACCACAGAAAUCCCACCACAGGAACUUCUCAGAAGGUAAAGAGAUGAAGGGGCUGAUUUUCCAGUGGGGGGGGGGAGAUCCUCAGGUGGGUUGUCCCUCCCACUUGUUCCACCAGUUCCUUCCUUCCUGGCCCCCCUGUGCAGGUCAAAUGACAGAGAAUGCUACCCCAUAUUGUACUGAACAAGCUUUGGUCUUUUUUCAUCAAAGGAGAUUAGAGAGAAGACAUCACUAGUCAGCUAGAAAUGGCACACUUGCCUCAGAGGGUGGCAAGCCCUUGUUUUCAGCAGACCCUUCAGAUGACAAGAUCUGGGGAGCAGAGGCCACCCACGGUGUUGCAUGUAUCUUCCCAGUGGUUAACAUUCCUCCCAUCAGGGAAGAGAUUGUGAUCCAGGAGGUGAUAGGAGUGUCUCGGACCAGCUCCAGAACUUGGCCAUUGGUGCCACAUGUGGCCCUGAGACCUCAGAGGGACCUGGCUUCUCCUAGGGCGGCGGGGUUGAAGGGAACACAGGGUUCCUCUCUGGCAUCUCCUCCUCCCAUUGUUAUUGAAAGGCUGGCCUUGUUCCAGGAGUUCUUCUCUUGGGUUCAGCAGAUUCUGGUGCAGGGCUGUAUUCCCCCGACUGCCUCUGCGUCAGCAAUUGAACCUUAUCUGGGCCCCAUCUGUACCUCAACUGAGUGGGAAGCCUCCCGUGCACCCCCUGUAGUGGUGCUUCAGGGGUCUUUAUCACCACAAAUAUGUGUAACAAUCCUGAUACCUUUAAAAAAUCCCUUAGGAAGAAAACAUUUUGUAGUAGGAAGGAAAUAAUCAACUUUUUUCUCCCCACGUAGCCACCAAAUCGCCCUUUGCCUAGUUUCAAAUGCUUGUUUCCAAGGGAUAAGGCUCCAGAUUUUUCAACAGUUUACUGUUUUGGGGGGUUUUUUUGGUAAACUUUCUUGGGCAGCUUAACUGAGUCUUACCAAGCCUCCUUGUUUAUUUAUUACGCUUCCUUUAGAAAAAGUGCUUUAAUAUCUCAAAGGUUAAUAAAUCUGUCCCAGUGGAUUGUAUUUUAAGUUGCUUCCAAAGAAAUUGUGCAAUAUAGCCUACAUUGUCCUUUGCAUAGCUUACCUAUGGCUCUAUUCAUUUCAGAAUUUACUAAAAGAAAGUUCUAGAAUUUUUGGAGUGUUUUUUUCAAGUUUGUUACAUGUAAGAUAGCUUCAUAUGCACUAUCAACUUGCAGAAUAUACACACCUCAGAAAAUUUUUCCUAAAACAGCUCAGCAAGCAGAGGGAAAGGAACCCUACUGGAAACUCACAAUGGCAAAUUAUAAUGGCCAUAACAGAACACUUGACUUUAAUAUGAGUACCUGCAUCCCAGUAUUUUAUGGUCUGGACACUAAAAGCUGUCAAGGCAGCAAUUACCAGAGGAAAGGGAAAAUUGAGACUUUGAGACUGUUAAUCAGGCUGUUUAAAAACUCUUAAUGACUUCAGCAUUAGCACUUGUCUUGGGCAUUUAGCAUCUAUAAUUUUAGUUAGCAACAGUAUCACUGACCUGGUUCUCUUUUCCCUGGAGUACCUUAUUUUAAGAUUUAGCACAUCACUGACAGUCGUAUCAAACAGUGUUUUGCCCAUGAUGAGCCAGGCUAAGAUAUUGUCUAAAUUGGGAUAGAUCUAUUUGAGAUACUUUAUCUAAAGGGAGUGUAAGAAAUAAACAAGUACUUGCUGUUUGCUUCCCAAGUUGUUCAACAAAGUUUACAGCACUAUCCUAGGCAUGUCUACUCAGGAGCAAUUCCCACCAAGUUCCAUAGGUCUUAGUCCCGGGAAUUCUAGCAUUCUACAUCUAAUUUCAUCGUAAUCACUGGGGCAUAGUUCAGUUAAAACAUGUUUAUUUUUUUCUGGCAGAUAUAUUUGCCCAUUUUCUUCCAUAGAUCACUACAAAAAUUGGAUACGAAAUUGAAAGUCCGCUCGUCUAAAUUUAAUUUCCCAAUAGCUCUGAUCUUGUUCCAUUUCACAUUCAACAAAAAUGGAAUGUGUGUGAUUAAGACAAACCUUUAUCAGGUCUGGAAAAAUCAAUACCACAGUUGUCUCCUUCCAUCAUUCAGAGGUUUUAUUGGCAGUUACAGUGUUUGCCCUAUUAUAAGGAAAAUCUCCCUGGAUCAGAUUGUCUGACUCAUUUUUCAGUCUGUGCAUCUCUUUGCUUACCUCAUUCACUAAUAUUGGACCACAAUAAGGGAUUCAUGCUUUCAGAGAACAGCUAGUUUAAGUGGUGACUUUUUGUCAAAUUUAUUUAUUGGGGUGGGGAGAUUUGUUUAUAUUGGGGAACAGUAGCAGAUAUGUUGUUCAUUGUUUAGCUCAGAAUAUACCUGGACUUCUUCGGAUUGCUGGUCAAAUCAAUAUCUUGAAGACUCUGGAUUAUCUAAUGUUAGUAGCUAAUAUAAAAAUGGAUUAUAAUGGUUCAGUUCUAGAUGUUUAUUUCCAUUAUUUACUUAUUCAGUCCUUCCCAUUUGCUUUCUUCUAGGCUGAAACAUCUUCCACUUGUGAAGCGAUAGUUUGGAUUUUUAAACAUCUUUUGGUCUCAAAAUGGAUCUCCUCUAUGAUGGCAGAUCAACAAUGCAAAGCAUAUUUGAAUGUUCUGUAAAUACUGUAUUUAUGUUGGCUUUGAUAGCAUAAAAACAUACAAGUUGAAUUUAUGAUUUCAGAGUUAAAAAUAAAAGGAAAUGUGGUUUAUGCUAGAGAAGUUUGUUCAACUUUAUUGUAAUAUGAAAAGGAAUCAUGAAAAUCAUGCAUUUUAAAGAGGAUGAGCAUGAAGAAAUUUUAAUAAAGUAAAUUUACUGAU